CUGUCUACUCUAUAAAUAAAACCCAAUUCUCUUCACUCUCACAUCCACUACUCAUUUUAGAAAUGGCACGAUCUCACUUCUUCCAAUCACUACCGGUGCUAAUGCUUCUUCUUCUAUUGUCAUUCUCGUUUGUGGAGAGCUACGGCCAUGCCAAGCUACGUCCUAAAGAUUGUGGGGGCCGGUGUUCGUAUCGAUGCUCGGCAACAUCACAUCGGAAGCCAUGCAUGUUCUUCUGCCUCAAAUGCUGCUCAAAGUGCCUGUGUGUCCCACCUGGCACGUACGGGAACAAGCAAACGUGCCCGUGUUACAACAACUGGAAGACAAAGGAAGGUGGGCCUAAGUGCCCUUGAUUUUAUUUCAUGUGUGAUUAUGUUCAUUGAUGGGGUCUGAGUUAUUUAAAGUUAUUAGUAUCGGAUAUGAUGCCUAUAUGAGAGGUGUAUUGCUGCGGAUGUGGACUUGGUACAAGUCAAAUUGAUUUCAGGGAGUGUUUGGAUGCACAAUUUUGUUAAAUAGAGUUCAUUAAAUAUUAUUGUGUUUGGAUAACAUGUCCCCAAAUUUCAAGUUGGUCUUCAUGUCUG